GGGCUCCGAGGGCUCAGGCUCGCACCGCCCGCACAGUCACGCCGCGGCGAGGGUCCUGUAAGGGUGCGUUGUUGACGGGUCCUGCGUCCUGUGUGUAGGCUGUGUCCUGACGUGACGGAAGCGAGCGCCGAGCAGUGUGGUGUCAGUCCGUGGUGUCAGUGGUGCCGAGCUCCGCGUGUCGCGUGCCGCGCCGUGAGGUGGUUGUGUCCAGGCUUUGUGUGUUGUGUGCUGAGUGGACGCAGCGAGGCAGACACAGGCAGUGCGUGAGAGCACUCUGAGGCGACCCGAGGAGUGUCUGGCAGGGCGGCAGGAGUGCGAGGCGGCGCAGCAAGAGGGCGAGGAGCUUCCUCUCCCUCCUCGAGAUGCAGGCGGUGGAUAUAGAAGAGGUGGAGGUGGAGUGCACCCCCACCCCCAGGCGACGCUCAUCCCACGGCACCCGGGAGUCCCCUCCUUCCUCCCCUGACUCCCCUUGUCCCCCAUCUCCGAGCUCUCCCCGCCCUCCAUCUCCGUCCACCCCGACUUCCCCGCCGCCAGACGCAGGGCAGGAGGCGGACGGCACCCCCAGCCCCGCCGCGGGUCAUGGGGGGCGCCGCCUCCCCAACAUCAGGCUCAAGAAGCAGUGCAGCAAGAUAUUCCGCAUCAAGACCAAGAUCCUUCAGAACUUGGGCAAGGCGGACCGCACGGUAGACGAUGUUUUCGACGAGUAUGACAGCAACUUCACCCGCCAGCAGACCAACGCCAACCGCCUGCACAAGGAAGUGUCCAACUACCUCCGAUGCUGCAGAGCGUUGCAUGGGGCUAGCAAAGGCCUUUACGAGACCCUGAGCGAGAUCUACGAGCCGGAAUGGGUCGGCCACGAGCUGCUCUACGCCCAGGCCCAGAACUCGGACAUGCUCUGGACAGAUUUUUGCCACAAGCUGCAGGACCAGACCCUCGCCCCCCUCACCGCCUACCAACAACAGUUCCCGGAGCUCAGGAAAAAGAUCGACAAGCGUGGCCGCAAGCUGGUGGACUAUGACAGCCAGCGGCACCAGCUGGAGAACCUGCAGCGCGCCAGCCGGCGGGACGAGUACAAGAUCGCCCGGUCCCGCGACGCCCUGGAGACGGCGCGCACCACCUACGAGGUCCUCAACAAGGAACUCUACGAGGAGCUGCCGGCACUCUACGACCAGAGGAUCCCCAACAUCGCCAACCACCUGCAGACCCUCUAUGCCGCCGAAGCCACAGUCAUGGCGGAGUUCAGCAAGGUUGCCAAAGAGGUUGAGGCCAUAGCAGACAAACUGUCAAAGGAAUGUAACAAGGGGACGUACAAAGUGAAGAGGACCGCAGCCCCACGCCCACUCUCCUCGGUGGAGUCAUCCUCACCCCAGAACACCAAUACCCCAUCCAUGUGGUAUGACGAUUCCCCCAAAGAGGAGGGCAGCAACUCCCAUGAGGUGCUGGAGAGCAGUGAGGGCACACUAGAGAUUACCACUCCGGGGGAGGCUCAAGACUCCUCAGUCACCUCGGAAGCUCAGGAAACAUAUAAACCCAUCACGGACUCUGAACAACGCACGCCACCCCCUGUUGAGCCCCCCAGCAGUGAAGCCCCAGACCUCCCUCCUAGCGACUCUCAGCCUGAAAGUGACAACCGGCCGACCAUAUCUGCCCCCGUGGCCCAGAACAAGGAGGAGACCGGCCGGCCCUACGAGGAGAUAGAAUUUGAGGAUAAGAAGGUGAACGGGAAUGUGUCUCCCCCGGCCCGCACCAAUGGCGAGGUGCUGCCCACCAAGAUCCCUCCAGCCGCUGGCCCUGCGCUCAGUAAUGGCCCUUCCUUCACGUCUCACAUGGAGGAACUGGAGACUAAAGUGGAGGAAAUCUAUGACGUACCUGUGGGAGCCACCACGGAGGGCCUGCCGUCGGGUGUGCUGUACCGUGUGCGUGCCACCUACAAGUACACACGGGAGGAUGUGGAUGAGAUCAGCUUUGAGGUUGGAGAAGUGAUCAACGUUGUGGAGUACGACGACCCUGAAGAGCAGCAGGAGGAGGGUUGGCUGACUGGUAUCAAGGAUGGCACCAACGAGAAGGGUCUCUUCCCUGCCAACUUCACACGUCCCAUCUAAGGCGAGGCGGCUGCCACUCAGGCCACACCCUCCUGAUGGGAGCUGAAGACUUCCAAGAUCCUCUGAACAUCAUCAACUACUAUUUCUUUCUUUUUGUUUUUCAUUAUUAUUUUUCUCAAUAUAUUUCUAUUACUUAAACUGUUCCAACUCAUUUCUUUUUGUUUUGUUUCCAUUUGUUUUAUUCUUCCUCUUCUUCUUCCUCUCCCUUGUCUUUUUCUCCUCCCUACUGCUGUUAUUGACUUUCAGUCGGUAUUUUCAUGUUUCACCAGCAGCGCAGAAAAAUCUGCCUUAAUAUACAAACUUUAAUCAGAGUAGCAAGCAAUUGUUAUUCCCAUUAAUAAAGUCAAGUAUAUUUCUUUGUUGGUUGGACUGAUCCACAUUUGGGUCUUUAUUCCAGCCAAACUUUUAUUAAUUUUGUAUUAUGUUGUGAGAUCCCCCUCGCUAACCUCUCCCUAAUUUUUAUAAAUUUGAUUGCAACCAUUACAUAUUGUUUACUUACAUGUGCUUGCUUGUCACAGUGAUUGGUAAUUUGAUAAAUGGUAAGAAAAGUUCUGUCAGCUUGAAAAGAUACAUGUAAAUUUGAUCAUAAAUGCCUGUGUCCAAGAGCUGCCUUGCCUCUAAGCUGUCCUGUGCACUGUUAUCCCUUGCAGAUGUAUCUGGUGACAAUACAUUACUGUUGGAGUCUUUAUGGCAGUAGCAUCACUCACCAAGAAAUGGUUCUAUAUCAAGAUUUGUCAACUAUUGUGAGCCAAAAGAACAUUGCCCCAUAAUGUGUCCACUGAGGUGUAUCAUGUGAAGGUAUCCUGAGGAAGCAGCAACAGCUCUGUCCAGCACAGGCUCCUCAGCCUGCCCCUGAGCAGCCACAGGUCACCUGUCUGCUACUCUCACUGUUGGAAAGUCAUCAGUUUGUGAUAUUAUUCAAUGAGGAGGCAACAACCUUUUUGCCUUUACAUACUAGGAGCCUGAGAGCUGCUCUCUGUGGGUUAAAAGGAAAUAAUUAAAGUCAGUCUUCAUGAAGAGUGUAGUUGCAUUUUUUAUUUAUUUCAUAUAUUAGUAUAUUAAGAUACUUGUUAUGUUUCUGAAUGUUUAUUAUUUGAUCUGACUUUUCAAUACUCCUAUUUUAAAUGUAAUAUAUGUAGUACUGUUUGCAAUUGAAAGUUUAUACCAGCAAGGUAUGCAUCAUAACCUUUGUAGGCAUUGCUAGGUGAAUUGUAUAACUGCCACUGUAAAAAUGUACUUUUAUCAAGACAACUGGACACAAGUUACUGCAUGGAUUGUGUAUCACAAAAAACUGGUGCAUCUAGAUCCUGUGUGACCCAGAGAAAUUGAACUUGAAGUGUAUUCUUGUUACAUAAAUAUACAUAACAUGUUUCCUUGGUUAAGGAUAUCAGUUUGUUUUGAAUGGUACUAGUUUAUUUGUGAGGUUAUUGUGUCUAGUGAAGUGAACUGGCCAACACACCGGCAGCCACGGAGGUGGUUGUGGCAGCUCGCAGGGCUACUCCUCUUAUCUCUACCACACUCAUCUACAGCAACUUAAGUAAUGUGUAAAUAAUAUUGGUGCAUAUAUGGAGACCACUGUAAAUAGUAAUUCAGAUGUAAAUAAGAUAUAAAGCCGAGUCUGUCAUAUGUAAAGAUGGUCUCAGAAUUAUGUAUAUAAUAGGAGUUAUGUUAAAAAGAUCUUAUUAUUUACUUCAUGCAAGUUUGUAGAGUCCCAAGACUAUAAAUACCUGGUGAUUGUACGGAAAUCCAGAAAUUUGGUGUAUCUUCUGCAGACAGUGACCUACAUGAUGGUGAGGUCUCCAGAGUAGAACAUGUAAAUGUGCCAUGUACCCAGACUGGUACUUAAUUAGCUACUAAUAAUACUUUAUGUAUCUGUUUUAACCCAAUAGUGUCACCCUUGGUGUCAUAUUGCUCACCCUUUUAUUUCUUGUGUUUAAGAAGCUUUAGAAUAAUGAGUAAUUCCUUGUCCUGUUCCAUUUGCAGAAAUAUUUAGAGACUCAAAAUAAGGUGCCUUGCUAGAAUUUGCCUUUUAUAGAUAGAUAAUUUGAUAUGAGAUUAUUAUAAUGCAUCAUGUCUACCUUACAUGGCCUAUAUGUGGUGCAGCACACUGGUCCGAUGGCUGCCCCGGGCUGGGAGCCAAACUGCCUUACUCAGCUGCCUGCGCCGGGGCGCCAUCGUGUGCUGGCCUCGUCGGAGGCACAUAUAUGCUCAGUGGAGAUUUUCUUUGUUAGCAAAGUAUUUCAUGAAGCUGAAUCUAUGUUUAUUUGAUCAGCCUGAUUGAACACAAAGUGUAUAACUUAAGCUUGUAACUAAAAAUAUAUUAAAGAAAUAUGGUUGAGACUAAGUGUGGCAGCGGUACUCUGCCUGUGCUCCCGUCUUGGCGUGCAGUCAAGAACCAAGUAUGAAUGAACAUUUAUUCUUACUAUUUUUACUUAUAACAUCAGUGCUAAUAAAGUAAAAUAAAGGAGCCUU